GUGUGUGUAUUGUGGUGAGAGCGUUAUAAGCGUUUUGUUUCCAUUAAUCAAGAAGCAGGCAAAAAUGGCGUCAAGCAGUGCGACUAUGCUGAAAGCCUCACCAGUCAAAUCUGAUUGGGUUAAAGGACAGAGUCUCCUCCUCCGUCAACCUUCCUCCGUCUCUGCUAUUCGUAACAACGUCACACCUUCCUCUCUCACCGUCCGUGCCGCCUCUGCUUACUCCGAUGAGCUCGUCAAAACAGCUAAAACAAUCGCGUCUCCGGGACAUGGAAUUAUGGCGAUGGACGAGUCAAACGCGACUUGUGGGAAGCGUUUGGCGUCGAUUGGGCUAGAGAACACUGAGGCUAACCGUCAAGCUUACAGGACGUUGCUUGUGUCUGCUCCAGGACUGGGACAGUACAUCUCCGGAGCUAUCCUCUUCGAAGAGACUCUUUACCAAUCCACCACUGACGGCAAGAAAAUGGUUGAUGUUCUCGUCGAGCAGAACAUCGUCCCUGGCAUCAAAGUCGACAAGGGUUUGGUGCCACUUACUGGGUCUAACGACGAGUCUUGGUGCCAAGGACUCGACGGGCUAGCCUCUCGCACCGCUGCUUACUACCAGCAAGGUGCUCGUUUCGCCAAAUGGCGUACUGUUGUGAGCAUUCCAAAUGGACCCUCUGCUUUGGCUGUUAAAGAAGCAGCUUGGGGACUUGCCCGCUAUGCUGCUAUCUCUCAGGACAGCGGUCUGGUGCCAAUUGUGGAGCCAGAGAUUCUGUUGGACGGAGAACACGGCAUUGACAGGACAUACGAGGUUGCAGAGAAGGUCUGGGCUGAGGUUUUCUUCUACCUCGCUCAGAACAACGUCAUGUAUGAAGGUAUUCUCCUGAAGCCGAGCAUGGUUACUCCAGGAGCUGAGGCCAAAGACAGAGCUACUCCCGACCAGGUUGCUUCCUACACUCUCAAGCUUCUACGCAACAGAAUCCCUCCCGCUGUCCCUGGAAUUAUGUUCCUAUCUGGUGGACAGUCCGAAUUGGAGGCAACCUUGAACUUGAAUGCCAUGAACCAGGCACCGAACCCAUGGCAUGUGUCCUUCUCCUACGCACGUGCCUUGCAGAACACUUGCUUGAAGACCUGGGGAGGCAAAGAAGAGAACGUGAAGGCAGCUCAGGACGUUCUCUUGGCCCGAGCCAAGGCCAACUCGUUGGCUCAGCUCGGGAAAUACACAGGAGAAGGCGAGUCCGAGGAAGCCAAGGAGGGUAUGUUUGUAAAAGGCUACACCUACUAAGCUAUUUGUAAUAAUGGUUCCAUAGAUCAAAACUCAAAAACUUGAGCUUGAUUCUGGUGUUUUGAGUUAUUAUACUCUUCUUCAUUAUAAGCGGUAUAAAAGUCAAUUCGUGUGUUAUCA